AUGCCCUACUGCUCUUGCAUCAACGAUCACAUCCUUCUGAAGGAGCCUAAGACCUCCCAGGGUAAGAAAAGGGUUGUUGCUACCCCACUAGAGAAAGAAGGGAAGCGGUCUCGCCAUGAGGCUGAGGGGGCCUUCUCGGACCUUGCUACUGCCUUUGACUUUGAGUUCCCUUCGCAGGGACCAGACUCUGUUCGGUGGCCCGACUUUGUUUCACAAUCAACCCUGCCAGUCACCUUGGAAUUGGUCAAUGAAGAAGAUGCGGAUGCGAACAUCAACUACACUUUUACUUGGUGCCUUAUGGAAUUUGCUGCUGGCCACCAUGAUAGGAUCUCGAUGGGUGGGGCUCAAGUCGAGAUUGGUUCUCAAUAUAAGGAAGGUCGGGGAAGGGGAGCCUACUUCGGGCUCUCUAACUUCGACUAUAUUUGGCAACUAAACUUUGAUACUUCCCCUCAACCCAAAGCUGAGCAGGGAAAUCGUGUACCUGGAGUUGAGAAGAUCGAGCUGGAGGUGGUCAUUGAUCAAGCUAACAGAGUGAUGGAGUCUGACACAGAGCCCGAGUAUGAACCCGAGGGAUCAGCUCUGCCGGAGCUCACAGAACCCCUGCUUUUUUCUGGACAAGAGGAUCCACUUCGUGCUGGGAGGUGGAUUAGUGAUCUCGAAAAGACGUUUGAGAUCUGUGGGUGUACUGAAACUAAGAAAGUGUUAUACGCAAGUUACCUACUGCAAGGUGAUGCGACUGCUUGGUGGGGGACCAAGCGGGAGCUUUUGGAAAUGGAGUUAGGAUCUAUUAUAGCGGUGUCUUGGCCACAUUUUAAAAGGGAGUUUAAUGAUCGUUUCUUCCCGAACACUAUGAGGAAACAGAAGGCCUGGGAGUUUAACAAUUUAGUGCAAGGGGAGAUGACGGUCGAGCAGUAUGCCAGGAAGUUUAUAGAACUUGGGAAGUUUGCUACACAUUUGAUUGCUACAGAGGACAUGCGGAUCGAACGAUUUCAGGAGGGUCUACGGCGAGAGAUCCAUAGGCAGGUUGCUUGUUUGCAAAUUCCGACCUUUCAGCAAUUAGUGGAGGUUGCUACGAUUGUAGAGCGGGAGUUUAUUGAUCCUCUUGCUGCUUCAAUCGGUCAAAAGAGAAGAAGUUUCAGGGAAGGAAGUAGUUCGGGGUCUGCACCUAAGUUCAUUACCAGAACUAGGGUCCGACUGCAGAUGGCCAUCGGGGUACGAAUGGGGGCUAUGCAGGCAAACCGAGGCGGUUUCCGUGGUGGGUGGACUACCCCACGACCAACUGCUCAGGCUAGGGUUUACGCAGUGACCCCUGGUGAGGUAGAUGAUGAAGCUCAGGAAACCCUAAAUGCUGGAGUCAUCACAGGAAUGGAUUGGUUAUAUCAGUAUUUUGCUAGUAUUAAUUGUCAUAGUCGGAUAGUUAGUUUCCAACUACCCGAAGGGAAGUAUUUAGAGUUUGCAGGAAGUAAGGUAAAGUCGAAACCUACAGUUAUAUCUGCUAUUCAAGUAAACAGGGACUUAGCUAAUGGGGCGGAUGCCUUCUUGGUUCAAGUGGUGUCUGCACUUUCGGAGAAGAAAUCUUUAGCAGAUAUUCCGAUUGUGAAGGAGUUCUAUGAUGUGUUUGUGGAUGAUUUGCCCGGCUUGCUGCCUGUUCCUAAUUUGGAGUUUGCCAUUGAUCUAGAAUCCAGUGCGGCACCAGUUCAUAAGGCCCCAUACCGAAUGGCGCCAGCGGAAUUAAAAGAGCUGAAAAGUCAAUUACAGGAACUGGUUGACUUUUCAAGUCAACUACCCGUACCGAAAGCUCAAUAA